CAAAUUCCAUGACAAGCCUAUAUCCCACCACAACUCCAGGUCGGACGUACAGAACCACAGUUGGCUUCCAACCAACCGUUCCUCCAGGUGUCUCUCUGAGCUUGGUGAAUGGCAGGAACCGGUGUGAGGGGCGCAUAGAGCUCUACCACUAUGGGAGCUGGGGCACGGUGUGUGACGACAGCUGGGACCUCAAUGAUGCCCAAGUUGUGUGCAGGCAGCUGGGAUGCGGCUAUGCUGUUUCUGCACUCGGAAAUGCCUAUUUUGGACCAGGCAGUGGCAGUAUUUACCUGGACGAUGUGCAGUGCACAGGGAGUGAGUCCUCCCUGUUUGAGUGCAGAAGCUCUGGCUGGGGCGUCCACAACUGUGGGCACAGUGAAGACGCAGGUGUUGUCUGCUCAGCUGCAAUAACCACGACGAGCCCAUAUCCCACCACAACUCCAGGUGUCUCUCUGAGCUUGGUGAAUGGCAGGAACCGGUGUGAGGGGCGCAUAGAGAUCAACCACUAUGGGAGCUGGGGCACGGUGUGUGACGACAGCUGGGACCUCAAUGAUGCUCAAGUUGUGUGCAGGCAGCUGGGAUGCGGCUAUGCUGUUUCUGCACUCGGAAAUGCCUAUUUUGGACCAGGCAGUGGCAGUAUUUACCUGGACGAUGUGCAGUGCACAGGGAGUGAGUCCUCCCUGUUUGAGUGCAGGAACUCUGGCUGGGGCUCCCACAACUGUGGCCACCAUGAAGACGCAGGUGUUGUCUGCUCAGGUCGGACGUACAGAACCACAGUUGGCUUCCAACCAACCGUUCCUCCAGGUGUCUCUCUGAGCUUGGUGAAUGGCAGGAACCUGUGUGAGGGGCGCAUAGUGAUCAACCACUAUGGGAGCUGGGGCACGGUGUGUGACGACAGCUGGGACCUCAAUGAUGCCCAAGUUGUGUGCAGACAGCUGGGAUGCGGCUAUGCUGUUUCUGCACUCGGAAGUGCCUAUUUUGGACAAGGCAGUGGCAGUAUUUACCUGGACGAUGUGCAGUGCACAGGGAAUGAGUCCUCCCUGUUUGAGUGCAGAAGCUCUGGCUGGGGCGUCCACAACUGUGGGCACAGUGAAGACGCAGGUGUUGUCUGCUCAGCUGCAAAUUCCACGACGAGCCCAUAUCCCACCACAACUCCAGGUGCCUGUUUGCCAGCAGCUUUACCCACGUUUUCCUUGUCCCCUGCUUUCCCAGGUGUCUCUCUGAGCUUGGUGAAUGGCAGGAACCGGUGUGAGGGGCGCAUAGAGAUCAACCACUAUGGGAGCCGGGGCACGGUGUGUGAUGACAGCUGGGACCUCAAUGAUGCCCACGUUGUGUGCAGGCAGCUGGGAUGUGGCUAUGCUGUUUCUGCAUUCGGAAGUGCUUAUUUUGGACAAGGCAGUGGCAGUAUUUACCUGGACGAUGUGCAGUGCACAGGGAGUGAGUCCUCCCUGUUUGAGUGCAGAAGCUCUGGCUGGGGCGUCCACAACUGUGGGCACAGUGAAGACGCAGGUGUUGUCUGCUCAGGUAGUGUCUCUCUGAGCUUGGUGAAUGGCGGGAACCGGUGUGAGGGGCGCAUAGAGAUCUACCGCAAUGGGAGCCGGGGCACGGUGUGUGACGAUGGCUGGGACCUCAAUGAUGCCCACGUUGUGUGCAGGCAGCUGGGAUGUGGCUAUGCUGUUUCUGCACUCGGAAGUGCCUAUUUUGGACAAGGCAGUGGCAGUAUUUACCUGGACGAUGUGCAGUGCACAGGGAGUGAGUCCUCCCUGUUUGAGUGCAGAAGCUCUGGCUGGGGCGUCCACAAUUGUGGGCACAGUGAAGACGCAGGUGUUGUCUGCUCAGGUAGUGUCUCUCUGAGCUUGGUGAAUGGCAGGAACCGGUGUGAGGGGCGCAUAGAGAUCUACUGCAAUGGGAGCCGGGGCACGGUGUGUGACGACAGCUGGGACCUCAAUGAUGCCCACGUUGUGUGCAGGCAGCUGGGAUGUGGCUAUGCUGUUUCUGCACUCGGAAGUGCCUAUUUUGGACCAGGCAGUGGCAGUAUUUACCUGGACGAUGUGCAGUGCACAGGGAGUGAGUCCUCCCUGUUUGAGUGCAGAAGCUCUGGCUGGGGCGUCCACAACUGUGGGCACAGUGAAGACGCAGGUGUUGUCUGCUCAGCUGCAAUAACCACGACGAGCCCAAGUCCCACCACAACUCCAGAAGCACCAGAGUCACAGAAUAGAAGGAUGGGAGAGCCGAUCCAAGGGAAAGUGGACAGUGAAAUUGAGUGCACCCUCAGCAUAUUUGCUGAUGUCACCAAGCUAUGUCGUGUGGUCAACACCUUGGAGGAAAAGGAUGCCAUCCAGAUGGAACUGGGCAGGCUUGAGAGGUCAGCCUGUGCAAACCUCCAGGGGUUCAACAAGGCCAAGUAUCUGGAUCAGGGAAUACCCAGCACAAAUAGAGGUGUCUCUCUGAGCUUGGUGAAUGGCGGGAACCGGUGUGAGGGGCGCAUAGAGAUCAACCACUAUGGGAGCCGGGGCACGGUGUGUGACGACAGCUGGGACCUCAAUGAUGCCCACGUUGUGUGCAGGCAGCUGGGAUGUGGCUAUGCUGUUUCUGCACUCGGAAAUGCCUAUUUUGGACAAGGCAGUGGCAGUAUUUACCUGGACGAUGUGCAGUGCACAGGGAAUGAGUCCUCCCUGUUUGAGUGCAGGAACUCUGGCUGGGGCUCCCACAACUGUGGCCACCAUGAAGACGCAGGUGUUGUCUGCUCAGCUGCAAUAACCACGACGAGCCCAAGUCCCACCACAACUCCAGGUGCCUGUGUGCCAGCAGCUUUUCCCACGUUUUCCUUGUCCCCUGCUUUCCCAGGUGUCUCUCUGAGCUUGGUGAAUGGCGGGAACCGGUGUGAGGGGCGCAUAGAGAUCAACCACUAUGGGAGCUGGGGCACGGUGUGUGACGACAGCUGGGACCUCAAUGAUGCCCACGUUGUGUGCAGGCAGCUGGGAUGUGGCUAUGCUGUUUCUGCACUCGGAAAUGCCUAUUUUGGACCAGGCAGUGGCAGUAUUUACCUGGACGAUGUGCAGUGCACAGGGAAUGAGUCCUCCCUGUUUGAGUGCAGGAACUCUGGCUGGGGCUCCCACAACUGUGGCCACCAUGAAGACGCAGGUGUUGUCUGCUCAGCUGCAAUAACCACGACGAGCCCAAGUCCCACCACAACUCCAGCUUUUCCCACGUUUUCCUUGUCCCCUGCUUUCCCAGGUGUCUCUCUGAGCUUGGUGAAUGGCGGGAACCGGUGUGAGGGGCGCAUAGAGAUCAACCACUAUGGGAGCUGGGGCACGGUGUGUGACGACAGCUGGGACCUCAAUGAUGCCCACGUUGUGUGCAGGCAGCUGGGAUGUGGCUAUGCUGUUUCUGCACUCGGAAAUGCCUAUUUUGGACCAGGCAGUGGCAGUAUUUACCUGGACGAUGUGCAGUGCACAGGGAAUGAGUCCUCCCUGUUUGAGUGCAGGAACUCUGGCUGGGGCUCCCACAACUGUGGCCACCAUGAAGACGCAGGUGUUGUCUGCUCAGGUAGAGCUAUAAAUUCCACGACGAGCCCAUAUCCCACCACAACUCCAGGUACGUCUGCAUCUCCCAUGGCUCCUCUCUCUAGAAAAUAUUUUUGUGGUGGCUUAUUGUCAAGAUCCUCCGGAACAAUUCAGAGUCCUUUUUAUCCUUCAAAUUAUCCAGAUAAUGCAAAUUGUUUGUGGGAAAUACAAGUGAUGAAUAAUUUCCGCAUUAUGCUCACAUUUAGAAGCAUUCAGUUGCAAGGUGGAUGCCAGAAUGACUAUAUUGAGAUCUAUGAUGGGCCACCCAAUACUUCUCCUCUGCUUCGAAGAAUUUGUUCUGGGUAUAACGUUGCCUAUACAUCAUCCUCAAACCUAAUGACCAUCAGAUUUCACAGCGACUCCAGAUAUUCAAGUAGCGGGUUUUAUGCUGAAUAUCACUCCUUUCCAGCAGAUCAGAAUACCACCCUUGUGUGCUUGCCAACAUACAUGCAUGCAGUUAUAGAGAGAAGCUAUCUCCAGUCACAGGGCUACUCAGCGUGGAGCACCAGCUUGUCUGAUUCUUCUUGUAGACCAACAAUUACAUCGACUCAGGUUAUAUUCAACAUUCCAUACAACAGCUGUGGUACACGUAGACAGGGCGACAAUGAAACGAUCACCUAUUCCAAUGUGAUAAAAGCAUCUGUUUCUGGUUCCGUCAUCAAGAGGCAAAAGGACCUUCAGUUGCACAUUAACUGCAAAAUGCUCCAGAACACCUGGGUGCAAGUAAUGUACAUUGCUGAUGACGUUGUUAAUGUCACUGAAACCCAAUACAGUAGAUACAAUGUGAACCUGACAUUCUACAAUUCCUCAUCGUUCCUGUGGCCAGUGCAUGACUUUCCUUACUAUGUUGACCUGAAUCAGAAUUUGUUCCUUCAAGCUUCUCUUUACAGCUCUGACACAAAUCUGGUGUUGUUCGUGGAUACAUGCGUGGCAUCACCUGAUCCUAAUAAUUUUACAACACUGAAAUAUGAAUUAAUCAGAAGUGGGUGUGUCAAAGAUCCUACCUACUCUUCUUACUAUUCACCAUACAGAAGUGUCAGUCGUUUUACCUUUAAUGCAUUUUCAUUUGUUGGACGAUACCCGUCAGCCUUCCUGCAGUGUGAGCUGGUGGUGUGCAGGCAAAAUGACUAUUCUUCCCGCUGCUAUCAGGGCUGUGUUAACAGGUUCAAGAGGAAUGCAGGAUCUUCGCAGGAAAAAAUGAGUGUUAUUGUUGGACCUAUUCAGCUUCAGGAGGCUCCCACUGAGAACAGAAAUGCUGGUAUUGAUCUGGCCUCUAAUAUCCAGGAGAGAGGGGAGUCUGAGAGCUUAGCGCCUGCUGCUAGCUCUCAUGUUCCUCUGGCUGUGACCGCCGUGGUGCUGGCAGCUGCCAUCCUCACCGUGGGAGGAUUUCUUCUGAAGCGCAAACUGCAGGAACCCACCCCGUACCAGAUAAUUUUCUAUCUCCUAAGUGACUUAGAUGGCUUUGAGCUAAGAACUGGUCUCCGACUGGUGAAUGGAAGGCACAGAUGCGAAGGUCGUGUUGAGCUUUAUUAUGAAGAACAGUGGGGGACUGUGUGUGAUGAUCUCUGGGACCUUUCCGAUGCCCAGGUUGUGUGCAGGCAGCUGGGAUGUGGCCGGGCCAUCUCAGCUCCAGGCAGUGCUUAUUUUGGCCAAGGCUCAGGCAGCAUCCUGCUGGACGAUCUGCGGUGCCAGGGAAAUGAGCCUGCCCUGUGGCAUUGUAAUCACAGCGGAUGGAGGAGACACAACUGCAACCACCACGAAGAUGCUGGUGUUGUCUGUUCAGGUGCCCACCUGCGUCUGGCUGACGGCCGGCACGGCUGCGAGGGCCGCGUGGAGGUGUGGGACGGGCGCAGCUGGGGGACGGUGUGCGACGACCUCUGGGACCUGGGUGAGGCGCAGGUGGUGUGCCGCCAGCUGGGCUGCGGCCCCGCCACGGCCGCCCCGGGCAGCGCUCGCUUCGGCACUGGCAGCGGCCACAUCCUCCUGGACAAUGUGUGGUGCCACGGGAACGAGGCCUCCCUGCUGCUCUGCGGGCACAAUGGUUGGGGCGUGCACAACUGCGUCCACAGCGAGGAUGCCGGUGUCAUCUGUGAAGUAAAUUCUCUUCCACUUCUUUCUGCAGCACUUUAUUUUUGUGGUGGCUUACUUUCAAAUUCCUCUGGGAUGCUGCAGAGUCCGUACUACCCUGGAAAUUAUCCAAACAACGCUGACUGUGUGUGGGAAAUACAAGUAGAGAAUAAUUUCCGUGUUAUGCUCACAUUUAGAGAUAUUGCGUAAAACAGCAGAUGCCAGUAUGACUACAUUGAAGUCUAUGAUGGGCCUCCACACUCUUCUCCACUUCUUGGGAGAAUUUGUGCUGGUUCCUUCCUCACAUACACGUCGUCUUCAAACCUAAUGAGCAUUCACUUUCACAGCGAUUCUAGAUACACACUUAGAGGGUUCCAGGCCCACUACUCCUCCAUCCCAACAGAUCACAACAUUGCCCUUACGUGCUUGCCGGACUACAUGCAUGCGGUGGUUAGCAGGGACUAUCUCCAGUCACGAGGCUACUCUGCAGAGACGGUCACCCUGAACGACACUCGCUGUGAGCCAACACUCACGCUGCACGAGGUGGUGUUCAACGUUCCCUACAACAGCUGUGGGACGAUACGAGAGGAAAGCAAUGAUACAAUCAACUAUUCCAACAUGAUCAAAGUUACCUCUUCUGAGUAUAUAAUCAAGAGGAAAAAGGAUCUUCACUUACACCUCAGUUGCAAGAUGUUACAAAACACGUGGAUACAAAUCAUGUAUGUUGCUGAGGAUACUGCAGACAUGAAUGAAAAUCAGUUUGGAAGAUACUCUGUGAACAUCACAUUUUAUGAUUCCUCAUCAUUCCUGCGGCCAGUGCAUGACUCUCCAUACUACAUUGACCUGAACCAAAAUUUGUACCUUCAAGCUUAUCUUCACAGCUCUGACCCAAAUCUGAUGCUGUUUGUGGACACAUGUGUGGCAUCACCUGAUCCUCAUGAUUUUAACACUCUGUCCUAUGAUAUAAUCAAGAAUGGAUGUGUAAGAGAUUCUUCCUAUGCCACAUACUACACUCCCAACAGCCACUUUGCUCGGUUCAAAUUUAAUGCUUUUGAGUUCAUUAACCACCACUCAUUAGUCUACCUGCGGUGCCAGCUGGUGGUGUGCAGGCUCGGGGACUACUCCUCCCGCUGCUACCAGGGCUGCAUGAGUAGGUUCAAGAGAGAUGCAAGCUCUGCCCAGGAAAAAGUGGAUGUUGUUGUCGGACCUCUGAAACUUCGAGAAGAGGGUGCUCAGAGCAGGAAUACCGCAUUUCCUCUGAUAGCCUGCGACUGCAGGUGUCCCUGGAAGCACAGCAGCCACUCCAAUGGUUGGUCUGAUUUCCUUUUGUCUCCCAAAGAAUUCUCCCUGAGGCUGGUGAAUGGGCAGAACAGAUGUCAGGGCCGUGUUGAAGUGUUUUACAACGGAGUCUGGGGAACGAUUUGCGACGACUCCUGGGACAGAAGAGAUGCUGACGUGGUGUGCGGUCAGCUCGGGUGUGGCAGAGCCACUGCGGCCGUGGGAGAAGCCCAUUUUGGUGAAGGCACAGGAGAAAUCCUCCUGGACGAAGUGCAGUGCCAAGGGAAUGAAGCUCUUCUCUGGCAGUGCUCCCACGACGGGUGGUUCGUCAAUGACUGUUUUCACCAGGAAGAUGCCGGUGUCAUCUGCGCAGCUUCUUUGAUGUCUGAAGUUCCUGAUUUGUCCCUGAGGCUCGUGAAUGGGAGGAACCGAUGCGAGGGCCGUGUUGAGGUCCAUUACCAGGGCAGCUGGGGCACCGUCUGUGAUGACUCCUGGGACCUGAAGGAUGCUCAGGUCGUCUGCAGCCAGCUGGGGUGUGGCAGGGCUCUUUCCGCCCCCGGUAACGCCAAUUUCAGUCAAGGCUCGGGGGAGAUCCUUCUUGACGACGUGCAGUGCAAAGGGAACGAGGCUUACCUCUGGGAGUGCCCCAGCAGAGGGUGGUCGGUCCACAACUGCGUGCAUGUGGAAGAUGCCGGCGCCGUUUGCUCAGCUUCCAUAGGAUCUGAAGUGACAGCUUCUACAGGAACUGAAAUACCUGAAGUGUCCAUGAGGCUGAUAAAUGGUAGAAACAGAUGUGAAGGUCGUGUGGAAGUCUACUACAAAGGAAGCUGGGGGACGGUCUGUGAUGACUUCUGGGACCUAAAUGAUGCACAGGUCGUGUGCAGGCAGCUGGGAUGUGGAGAAGCUCUCUCCGCACUGGGAAAAGCCCACUUCACUCCAGGAUCGGGGGACAUUCUCCUGGAUGACGUGCAGUGUCUUGGAAGUGAAUCUUACCUGUGGGAAUGCUCUCAUAGAGGAUGGUCAACACAUAACUGCGGGCACAAAGAAGAUGCCGGUGUGCGUUGCUCAGCUUCUAGGGGAGACAGAACUCCUGAAGCAUCUCUGCGGCUGGAGAAUGGUGGCAAUCGAUGUGAGGGGCGUGUUGAAAUUUUUUACAAAGGACAAUGGGGAACAGUCUGCGACGAUUUCUGGGAUAUCGAUGAUGCUCAGGUCAUUUGCAGACAGCUUGGGUGUGGGGAGCCCAUGUCUGCACCAGGAGCUGCCCAGUUUGGGGAAGGCUCUGGAGUUAUUUUCCUGGAUGAUGUACAGUGCAGAGGCAAUGAAUAUUACCUAUGGGAAUGCUCCCACAACGGUUGGUCAAGACAUAACUGUGGCCACAAUGAAGAUGCCAGCGUUGUCUGCUCAGGUACUUUCUGCUUUGUUUUAUUCAUUUCAAGAAUUUCCCAUAAGAUACAUUUUGAAAGUGGGAAGAUUUCAGUAGCCAGUCCGGAACAGCGGUGUGAUCUGGAUCUGCUUAUCCGGAUGUCUGGAUAUACCCUUUGGGACUGUCCGCAUGCUGGCUGGAACAAAAAUGACUGUGGGCACAAUGAGGAUGUCAGUGUCAUCUCCCUUAGCUGGAGUUCCUCCUUUGCUUCCACUGCCAUUGCAGAAGAAAACAGGACAUCAGAAACCCUGACCACACCAAAGGAAGAUCCAUCUUCUGCACCUGCUGUUCUUGCAGAGGGAAAUACCACAUUGGCCCCUGAAAUCCCAACCACAGUUUCUGAAGCUUCAAUUGAUGACUCUACCACAGAAUUGGAUGACUUGAUCACAUCUGCCCCAGUCACAGAGACUAGUGAGCCAGCCACAACUCCAGCAUUACACUGUACAACAAAUGAGGCAGAUGCUUCAGCUCAGUCCCUGCGACUCGCAGACGGCGACAGCAGGUGCUCGGGCCGCGUUGAGCUCUAUUACAACGGCAGCUGGGGCACGGUGUGCGAUGACGGCUGGGACCUGGGGGAUGCCGAGGUCGUGUGCCAGCAGCUGGGCUGUGGGGAAGCUCUGCUGGCCGUAGCCGAGGCCCAGUUCGGGCAGGGCUCUGGGAACAUCCUCCUCGAUGAAGUGCAGUGCAGAGGGGGCGAAGGCAGCCUGUGGGAGUGCUCUCACAGGGGGAUAGCUGUACACAACUGUCAGCCGAAAGAAGAUGCUGGCGUCAUUUGCGCAGGUACAUGGGCAUAGAUGUCCCUGAGACUGGUGAACGGAGACAAUGAGUGCUCAGGGCGCCUUGAAAUCUUUCACAAUGGGAGAUGGGGAACCGUCUGCUAUGACGACUGGGACAUAAGGAAUGCCAAGGUUGUGUGCAGAGAGAUGGGCUGUGGUGAUGCUCUCUCAGCCAAAAUUAACGCCUUUUUUGGGGAAGGCACAGGAGAUAUUCUCCUGGACAACAUGAAAUGCACAGGGAGCGAGUCCUUCCUGGAGAGAUCCUACCUGAGCUCCCGAGGGUACCUUUCAGGGAGCGUCCACCUGCGAGACCCCAGGUGCAGGCCUGUGAUCACCAACUUCCACGUCACCUUCCGUAUACCGUACAACGGCUGUGGCACAAGGAGGCUGAUAACACGUGGAGCCAUCACUUAUUCCAACACAGUGGAAGGAUCCAUGUCUGGCAACCUCUACAGCAGAAAUAGGAACUCGCUGCUGAACCUCGCCUGCAGAAUAUACGGCAAUCCUGGUUUCGAAACUGUACCCAGCAUUAUAGAGCCUCCGUACCAGCAAACUCCAUCUGGGCGAUUUGUUGUCAAGUUUGCCUUUUAUGAUUCACCAUCUUUUUCCAAUGUAGUGAGGGCUCCACCGUACUACGUUCUGCCAAACCGGGAUUUGUUUGUUCGUGCUACCCUCUACAGCGCAGAGCCAAAUCUGAUGCUGUUCACAGACACGUGUGUGGUCUCUCCAAAUCCUUAUGACUUUACAACUGUGGCAUCUGAUAUAAUAAGAAGGGGGUGUGUGAGAGACCCAACUUUUAGGAGCUACUAUUCACCAGACAGGAGGAUUGUCCAGUUCAAAUUCAGAGCCCCCAGCUUUAUUGGCAGAUACACAUCCGUUUACCUACAGUGCAAAAUGGCAGUGUGCAACAGAUACAAUUAUUCCUCUCGAUGUUACCAGGGCUGCAUAAGGAGAGACAAAAGAAGCACAAACCUUACUGCAGGAGGGCCAGCCUUGCAAGCUCUUUGUUGGUGCUCUUCUUCCACAGGUGCGCCUCGCUGCGGUACCUCGCUCACCGACCCCAACAAAUCUUUAAAGAUUGACCUAAAUUCAGAUGCAAACUGUGUCUGGCAAAUUCAGAGAAAUGAAAAUCAAACGAUUAGGCUCAUCUUCUCCUAUUUUAAAUUUGCUCCUUCUUCAAGCUGCGAAACAGAAAGUAUUAAUGUAUAUGAUGGUCCUUCCUCUAAUUCACCUCUUCUUGGACAAGUAUGUAACAACACUGAUGCAGUCCCAAUGUUUGAAUCAUCUUCAAACAGUUUAACUUUUCUCAUAAAAACAAACUCUGUGGCUUUCGCACGAAACUUCUUUGUCUUCUAUUACUUCUUUUCACCGGAAACAACACGUUGUGGGGGAAGCUUAACAGGUCCCAACGGGACACUUAUCAGUCCCAACUACCCAUCCUCUUACCCUCCAUUCACAUACUGCGUCUGGCACAUACAAACUGCAAAAAAAUCGAAGAUAAACUUACAGUUUAAGGAUUUGUUCCUGGAACUGGAUCAAAACUGCCAAUUUGACUUUCUGGCAGUCUAUGAUGGCCUCACCACUAACACUGGCUUAAUUGGAAAAGUAUGUGGCAUUUCUCGGCCCACCUUUCAAUCUUCUUCAAACGGCAUGACAGUUGUGUUGUCUACAGACUACGCCAACUCCUACAGAGGAUUUUCCGCUCAGUAUACCAGCAUUCUGCCUGAUCCCCCAGAGCCUGACACAUCGCUUACAUGCUCUUCAGACAGACUGGAAAUUGUUGUGAGCAAGGAUUAUCUGGACUCCUUUGGCUACAAUGAAACUCACCUGCAGCUGAACGACCCAACCUGCAAGCCAGUUUCCACUGAUCCCGUGAUUUUCUCCUUCCCAUUAAGCAGCUGUGGAACAACUAAAAAGGAUGAAGGUCAUCGUAUCACUUACACCAACAUCGUAACUCUCUCUGAAACUGACAAGAUUAUCACGCGCAAGAAGAGCGUACAGAUCGUUGCAAAAUGCAUAAUGGAGAACAACUCAACAGUAGAAGUCAUUUACGUAACAGAAAAUAAUCUAAUCAAGAACACGACCUCUGUGGGAAGAUACAACGUUAGCAUGUCGUUCUACGAUUCAGAUUCAUUCUCCAGCCCUGUGCUUCAGUCCCCCUAUUACGUAGAUUUGAACCAAACUCUUUUUGCUCAAGUCAGUCUUCAUUCCUCCGACCCAGAUCUUCUGGUGUUUGUCGAUACCUGCGUAGCAUCUCCACAACCUGAUUUUGGAUCAGUAACAUACGACUUAAUCAGAAGUGGCUGUAAUAAAGAUGACACUGUGGUAACCUACCCACCCAUUGAGCACUAUGGAAGAUUCAAAUUUAACGCCUUCAGGUUCCUGCGGAGCUUUUCAUCAGUUUAUCUCCAGUGUGACAUUUUGAUUUGUGACAGUACCACAAACUCUCGCUGUACUGAAGGCUGUAUCUCCAGGCAGAAACGAGCUGCUUCUUCAUACACUUGGAAAGCCAAGACUGUAGUGGGUCCUAUCCGCCUGAAGAGAGAUCUCAGGGCUGCUGAUCACUCAGGUAAGAGGGAUACAUAA